AUGUCACAGUCAUUGGUUAUUUUCAGACCUUCAGGAUUAGUUGAAUAUCAAUCAAAUAAUAAAAUAUAUCCAUUCAAUGAAUUCAUAUCAAAUAUUGUCAAUGAAACUCAAAUAGAUCUAGAUCAAAAUUUUACAACUCAAACUAUCAAUCAUAAACGAUUUUAUUGUUACAACAAAGAAGACAUAUACGUAUCCAUAUAUUUUGAUGCUAUAUCUACCAUCAAUAGUGCCAAAAUAAGACAAACAUUAGUUGGAGUAUACAAAACAUUCAAGAAAUUGGAGGAGAAUGAAGAAUUAGAAAAACUCAAAAGUUUAGUUGAUUUACAAUUCAAUAAUCUAAUCAAAUUAAAGCAAUCUUCUGAAUCAAAAGAAACAACACCUACACCAACAGUCACCGAAAAUGGAGCUCCACAAAGACAACCACCAAUUCAAAAACAACUAUCAUCAAAGAAAAUGAGAAAAUGGGAUAAUAAUGGAGAAAUGGUAGAAUAUACGGAGGGUGAAUCAUUGGAUUAUUCAAUAGCACAAAGUGAAUCAAGUAUACCGGAUAACAGAAAUGAUUAUAAAGUUAAUGAUGCAGCUGCAUUCAAAAAAGAAGAUGAAUUUGUUUUAGUGAGAGAAUUAAAUGAUAUAUUAAAUGAAUCUGAUGACGAUGAAGAGGAAGAAGUAAAAGCACCAACUGGAUUUUUUGGUCGUAUUGGAUCGUAUUUCGGUGGUGCAAUUGAUGUUGAUGAAGUAUCCAAAAAAUUUAAUGAACAAUUGAUGUCAAAAAAUAUAGCUCCAAGUACUGCAAAAUUAAUUAUAGAUAAAAUUAAAUCAAGAUUAUCUGGUAAAAAAGUCACGAUGAAAAUAUAUAAAGAAACAUUAGUGGAUGAACUUACAAAAGUUUUAACUCCAAAUGUUUCAACUGACUUGUUGUAUGAAAUAAAAAGAAAUGAUUCAGGUCGUCCAUAUGUUAUAUCAGUUGUUGGAGUAAAUGGGGUAGGAAAAUCAACUAAUUUAGCUAAAUUAGCUUAUUGGUUUUUACAAAAUAAUCUUAAUGUACUAAUAUGUGCUUGUGAUACUUUUAGAUCGGGUGCAGUUGAACAAUUAAAAGUUCAUGUAAAUAAUUUAAAUAAUUUAAAUUCGGAAUUAUCAAAUAAAUCUAAGAUUGAAUUAUUUGAAAAGGGUUAUGGUAGUGGUGAUCAUGUUGUUCAAACUGCUAAAUCUGCAAUUGCUUAUGCUACUGAAAAUCACUAUGAUGUUGUAUUAAUUGAUACUGCAGGUAGAACUCAUUCAAAUGCUAAAUUAAUGGCACCUUUAAAGAAAUUUGGUGAUGCUGCAAAUCCUAACAAAAUUAUUAUGGUUGGUGAAGCAUUAGUUGGUACGGAUUCAGUUGAACAAGCAAUAAACUUUAAUAAUGCAUUUGGUAAUAGAAGAAAUUUGGAUUUUUUCAUUAUUUCAAAAGUUGAUACAGUUGGUGAUUUAGUGGGUACAAUGAUAAAUAUGGUAAUGGCCACAAAAGUUCCAAUUUUAUUUGUAGGUACUGGACAAACUUACACCGAUAUUAAGAGAUUAAGUGUUAAACAAGUAGUUUCUAUGUUGACUAGUUGA